UGGGACCACACCACCAGCAAACAACCUCCCAUAUCGCCCCCAGCCUCGCGGAGCGGAAGGAUCGCGACGACGACGACCUCCUCGCCGGCUCGCCGCCGCCGUCACCGACCCGACCUCCGAGUCCCAUCGUCGCCGCCGGCGAGGCGAGCGUCGUGGGGGUGAGCAGAGCGUGGCCGCGAGGGGUGGCGGCGGCCGCGGCGGCGAUUGUUCGCGGGAUGAGCUUCGGCGGCAGCAGCUCCGUCGCGUCCGGUGGUGGGAAGAGGCUCGAGUACGGGCGGACGCAUGUCGUGAGGCCCAAGGGCGCGCACAAGGCCACCAUCGUCUGGCUCCACGGCCUCGGGGACAACGGAGCCAGCUGGUCUCAACUAUUGGAAACCCUUCCCCUUCCCAAUAUAAAAUGGAUUUGCCCCACCGCGCCUACAAGGCCGGUGGCAGUGUUUGGUGGGUUCCCAUCAACUGCAUGGUUUGAUGUUGCUGAUCUUUCAGAAGACGCUCCUGAUGAUGUAGAGGGAUUGGAUGCCUCGGCUGCACAUGUUGCAAACCUAUUAUCGACUGAGCCAGCUGACAUCAAACUUGGGGUUGGUGGUUUUAGCAUGGGAGCUGCCACUGCCCUUUACUCUGCAACCUGCUAUGCGCAUGGAAAAUAUGGAAAUGGUAAUCCAUAUCCUGUGAACUUAAGUGUGUCUGUUGGUCUUAGUGGCUGGCUUCCCUGUGCCAGGUCCUUGAAAAACAAGAUUGAAAGCUCACAGGAGGCUGCACAAAAGGCUUCAUCUGUACCUCUUCUGCUUUGUCAUGGAAAAGCUGAUGAUGUAGUUCUCUACAAGCAUGGGGAGAAAUCUGCUGAGGCACUGAAGUCAACUGGAUUUUCAAAUGUGGUGUUCAAGUCAUACAACAGACUUGGACACUACACUGUGCCAGAGGAGAUGGACGAAGUCUGCAAAUGGCUCACCGCAAACUUGGCGAUCAGCAGCUCGUCGUCGACUUGAUUGGAGAAUUGGCUAUGUCCAAAUAAUACCUGUGGUUGUUCCAAAGAUUGAGAGAGAGGUAAAUGGUUGGAUAGCGAACUGGGGCUUGGGUAUACGGCCAUGGGGUAAGCUUGGCGUGUCAUCAUGCGGACAUGCCUCACGGCAUCUUGCAACUCUUAAAAUUUCCACAGUUUGGGUCUUCGUUUGUUUCCCUUCCCUCUAUAAAGUAGGGGACGGCGUCGUGAUGUAUUAUUUUGUUUUUGGUAGCACGGAUGUUUUUGCUUGGCACGCCGUGUUUCGGUCCGGUUGUUCAGUUCUAUGUCGCCUUAUGAGAUAAUUCAUUGGGAGUGCUUUGGGUUCACCUGCCUGGCAAUGCUGAUACUUUUUCACCAA